GCAACCGAAGAGAGUCAAUAGCAACGGACCCGGAUACUAACAUUCACUACUAAGUUUAGCUGGUCAAACUAUUUAAUAAGAGCUUUGACCCACGUUUGAGUAACAACGUGAAUCAUUACUACACAACGCAUUAACGCGUAUCUAACCACAAACCGCAUUUUUAAAAUGCGGGAUAAAAAGCAACACACUCGCCCCAGACGUAUUUUUAUCAACGACGUCGACAGAUAUUCCUCCAUGCACAUCGCUAAGUUUUUAUCCACUUCGGGCGUGGCGGAGGAGGACUCUGAAGAGGAUGAAGCCCACGCAGUGGAAAGUUCUAGUCGAGGUGAAGCUGCUUUUGAAAUAGUAGGAACGGUGUCUCCUUCCAGCAAAGAAGGUGAUGGCGACUUUCUGCUUGAAAAGUACACGUCAUCAACUCGAGAGGAGCUUCUGGAGCGCCUGCUGGAGUGUGACGUGGUGGUGUACAACAUCUCAGAGAGUGCAACACAACAACAGAUUGAAGAAGCGACAUGGGCAGUCACAGCCCUUAGUGCCAAAAUGGAGAACUUCAAGACUCGAAAAAUGUUCAUCUUGGUCUCAAGUGUGAUGACCUGGGCCAUGAGCAAGCCACAGAGUCCGGACCAAUCAGAUGUUCUGCUGACAGAGGAACAGUUCAGAAGAAGGAGGCCACAUCCCAAUUUUAGAAAACACAAUAAUGUGGAGAAAGUUGUGCUGGAACUAGUUAGAGGUAAAAAGUCCAAGUUGUUUGGAUAUGUUGUAGCUAGUGGACUUCAGUACGGAAAGGGAGAGAACCUCUUUAACUACUUUUUCAAGGAGUCCUGGUUGAUGCAGCUUCCAAAAGUUCCUCUCUUUGGAAAGGGCACAAAUCAUAUCCCCACGAUUCACGUAAAUGAUCUUGCAGGAGUGAUCCGAAACAUCGUUGAACUCAAGCCAAAGUCCAGGUACAUCCUUGCUGUUGAUGACUCCAAGAACACUUUAGAGGAUAUUGUAAAGGUCAUAAGCGAUACACUUGGGGCUGGAAAAAUUAACAAAUUACCUCAGCAGGAUGCCAUUGCCAUGAAGGCUUUUCAGCCAGGAGAAUUGGAAUACCUUAGCAUCAACCUCCGCCUGGAUGCUUUCAUUAUCAAAGACUCCUUCCGUCUCCACUGGACAUCUGAAGCUGGCAUGGUUGAAAACAUGGCGAGCAUCGUUGAGGAGUACAAAAACACCAGGCGGCUUCAUCCAAUCAGAAUAUGCCUGGUUGGACCUCCAGCAGUGGGUAAAACGACUAUUGCCGAGAAGCUGUGCAGUCAUUACAAAAUACACCACAUCAAGAUCAAAGAGGUCAUUGAGGAAAAUAUCACACAGCUGAAGGAGAUAGUGAGUAGAUGUGACCCGGAGAUGUUCAGCGAAGAGGAAGUCACUGCUGCACAAAAACAACUGGAGCAAAUUAACAAAAGCAUGGAAAUGGAUGAAGGUCGACUGUCUGACCAUCUAGUUUUUGACAUUUUGAAAGAAAAGCUGAACUCCAAGCCAUGCAGGAACCAAGGAUUUGUUCUUGAUGGCUUUCCCAAGUCUUAUGAGCAGGCAAGGCUGAUUUUCUCUGAUGAGGACACAGAGAACCAGGGUUUGAGGCCCAAAAAACCUGUGUACAACAAGAUGAUUACUCCAGAGCAUGUUUUUGUCCUCAACGCAACGGAUGAUUACCUGACAAAGAGAGCUCAGGAACUUCCACAGAGUGUUGCAGAGAAAAUGCGUUACACCCAAGAGGAAUUUGUCCCUCGCUUGAUGAGAUACAGGCAACUCAGUGCAGCGAAGGAAACCAUGUUGGACUACUUUGAUGAGCUGGAGAUUCACCCAGAACAUAUUGAGGUCCCUACAGAUAACCCUGAACACACAGGUGUAACGCAGAAGAUCAUUAAGAUCGUGGGGAUUCCCAAAAACUAUGGCCCGAGUCCGGAGGAGCUGGAGGAGGAGGAGAGAAAGCGAGACGAGGAGAGGAAGCAGAAAGUGACGGAAGAGGCUGCCGACAGGAAACGGAGAAAUGAAGCCGCACUGGCCGAGAUGGCGGCUCAGUAUGAGGAGUGGGAGAGGAAUUCGUCCGAGGUGCAGCGCCAGGAGCACGAGCUGCUGGAGGCUCACUCUCUUCCUCUGAGGAACUAUCUGAUGAAGUACGUGAUGCCCGCGCUCUCUGAAGCCAUGUUAGACUGCUCCAAGAUCAAGCCAGAGGAACCUGUUGCGUUUCUGGCUGAACAUCUACUGAGAAACAACAAUGAUUCAUAAGCUGGUAAUAACAGCAGCUGUUGGGUUGUGUUUUCUUUCAUUUUAAAACAAAUGCUUGUGAGUUUCUAACCUAUCUAUUCAAUAUCAAUUCUGCGGUUUCAAGUGAAUUAUUUAUUAAGAUUAAGAUUACAGUAAGCAGAAAUUGCCAUUUUAAAUCGAAUUGAAAUGUUGAGGGAUGCUAUUGGAUAUAAUUGUUUUGUGUAAAAGGGUCUACACCUUUAUAGACAUACUGAUUGUUUGGAAAUCAGAUAUAUGUCAGGAAGGAAAAUAAAGUAUUGGGUCCUUUUGGGAAUAUGAAAACUAAACUUAAAUGACUUGACUAUGAAAUAUGUGUCACUAAUGCAACAAAAUACAUUGUAAUCAUCAAAUAAUACAAACUUGAUUUAACUCUUACUGGAAGAAGCAUACUGACUGGUUGUAAUCCAGCAGACAAAGUUUAAACAUUUUAAACUCAUUCAUUAAAAAUGCAUUAGAUAAAAAGCAUUGUCACUCUUAUAGUUAUUUCGAAUUUACAUGACAUUGUAUUUCUUGUAUGUUGUGUAAAUUGUUCAACUUUCGUUUUCAUUUAGGCUAAAGUCUGCUUUUUCAACACAAGGUGGUGCAGGAAUUCCAUCACCGGGGAGGUCAUGAGGUAUUUGGGGGUGUGCAACUGAGUUUGGAGGUCAUGUGACAGUAAAAGGUGGUUGCACCAGAGACUCCUGGAAAGAAAAUAACAAAGAUGCAAAAACCUCCAGCAUUGUCACUGACAUUUAAUUCCCUAUUUAUAGGGAGAAAUGACGACAUCUUCUGCCAAACAUACACACUUCCCAUAAUUCAUGUCUUUAACGUGUGUGUGUGUGUGUGUGUCAUUCAGUUUACACAGAGUCAGCCAGCCCUUUCCUUGUUUCAGUAGCGCUUUAAAAAGAGGAUAUCAUUGUCCCUAAUUACUGUCAUUUUUUAUACACUCGAGAAAAAAAAAGAUCCUUUGAAGCUUCAUCCUCAAGCUGUAAAGAAGUUUGGAAGAAAAUAAGAGAAUUCAAUGUAAAUAGCCGAAGCUGUGUUUGCUCUCAGGUCCUUUUAGGAAAACAUGAGUCAUCAUCCCAGAUGGUCCAGCUGCCUCCAGUUGUAGUGAGACUUCUCGCAGGCUGCAAAGCAUGCUGGGAAAAGACACUUCAACAGGCCAAAAACAGUGUCCUACUCCUCGUGUACCUGUUUCCUUAUUAUUGCAUUUACUAAUAGGAGAGUUAAUAAAAAACAUUCAACGUUCAGAAGCCCUCAGUGGUCACAGCCAGAGGUCCCGGUCCAAUGGAAAACCUGCCAUUUAGGAAGCCAGAAAUAGUGUAUUAGUGAGAAAUCUCACCUGAACAAGCGAAGAUGAAAAGGGCGUCGGCUCAAGCGGAGUCCUCCGGGGAGACUUUCACCAACAUCACACACACUUCUCUAACUUUUGCACCUCACGUCUUGUUUUCCUCCACUUCCUUCUUCCGCCCACCCACGAACCCACUUCCCAUGAGCCCCUGUUUUCUACGUCACAAAACUACCCCCCCCCCCUCUUAUUCUAGUAACACUGUGUAUACCUCAUCCUCCACCUACAACAAAGACACAGACGGUUUAGGUAAAAGAAAAGGGGUUGUUUGAGUAUAUUUCUAUAAUAGCCCAUGGUGCCGAAUGGUCUGUGUCUGUGUGUUUGUGUGAGAUCAUUACAAGAGUGGUAGAGGUUAUUGUGACCUAAACCCUAAAACAACAUGGCUUCCUGAGACCACCUCAGACCUCACUCUGACACACACACACACACA